AUUCAGUCAUCUGUUACCGUGUGGACUUGGCCCUUAUCCACUCUUGAUUGGAAAAUGCCAGCGGUUUAAGUCUCCAUCAAUGGGGAAAAGUCCCAAAAUAUCUGCUUCAUUUAGUCUGCACCUCUCAAAGGUUUUAAAGCAAUGGCAGGAACUGGAGAUCAACUGAAUUACAAUGAAUUAGGGUAGAUAUUCCCACAAUUGGCAAAAAGAAAUCCCUCAGUUCCUGCUCUAUAUUGUCUGAGGAUGUGGUCAUGAACUGAAAUAUUGAGACGUAGGGUUUUUCAGUACCGUAAUUGGUUCCCCAAAACCCCUAGAAAUCUAACUUUUUAUUGGGGGCUAUUUUGGGCGUAAUCAUGGCAGGGAUUAGUUAUGCUUCAAAUGGCAGGGCUAUGUGGGAGACCCCAACUUGGGCUGUUGCUAUUGUUUGCGCUGUUAUCGUUGUAAUCUCUGUAGUAUUGGAGAAGGGGCUUUAUCGACUUGGUCAGUGGUUCACGGCUCGACAUAAGAAGGCACUAUUUGAGGCUUUGGUUAGGAUUAAAGACGAGCUGAUGAUUCUUGGUUUCCUUUCAUUGCUUCUGAACCUUGGGGAAGAAUACAUUGGGAAGAUUUGUAUUUCUUAUAACGUGGCUGAUACAAUGCUUCCCUGUCCGAAGGCAGACACAAGUGAUACUCGGCGCUUGUUGGCUGAGUUAUUCACAAGCAUGAGGGCAGAUGGUCGCAUCUUAGCUGGUGCUAAGAAAGACUAUUGUCCACAGGUUAUAGAUUUUGCAUCCUUUCACUUGAACAACUUAACAGAUCCAACAAGAUUCAGAUUUGCUAAUGAUGUCACUUUUGUGAGAGAUCAUGCAAGUAUCUGGAAUAGGAGACCUCUAGUUUUCUACAUUGCGUGCUUCUUUCGUCAAUUCUUUCGGUCAGUCGAGAAGGCUGAUUACUUGACACUGCGUCAUGGCUUCAUCUCUGUACAUCUGGCUCCAGGCAGCCAGUUUGAUUUUCAAAAAUACAUCAAAAGAUCUUUGGAAGACGACUUCACAGAAGUGGUGGGAAUAAGUUCCACUUUAUGGGUUUCAGCUGUAAUAUUUAUGCUUCUUAAUGUAAAUGGUUGGCACACAUUGAUUUGGGUUUCCCUACUUCCAGUGGUUAUAAUCUUGGCCAUUGGAACGAAGCUGCAAGCUAUUAUGGCUAAGAUGGCGUUAGAAAUCCAAGAAAAGAAUGAAAUUGUAGGGGGAAUGCCCCAAGUGCAACCCAAUGACAGUCACUUUUGGUUUGGACGCCCUCGUUUAGUUCUCUUUUUGAUCCAUUUCUCUGUGUUUCAGAAUGCAUUUCAGAUUGUGUAUUUCUUCUGGAUAUGGUAUGAAUUUGGCUUGGAUUCGUGCUUCCUUGAAAAGUUUUGGAUUAUUGUGGCAAGGGUUAUACUUGGUGUUGGUGUCCAACUUCUAUGCAGUUACAUCGCUCUGCCGCUCUAUGCACUUGUUACACAGAUGGGUAGUCACAUGAAGAAGUCGAUUUUUGAUGAGCAAACAGCUAAGGCACUCAAGAAGUGGCGCCAAACUGCCAAAAAAAAGAAAGAGAAAUCAAAGACUUCAGGGUCCGAGGUUGUGAGUCCCGCAUCCUCGGCCCCUCAUCUUUUGCAUCGCUUGAAGACCACAGGCCACUCCGCCCAUGGAGCACCCUCAGGCUCAUACUCAUUGGAGCACGAUGGUUCUGACCUAGAUGUUGAUUCUUCACCCACUUCUUUCUCUAGGGACCACCACCCUUUAGAUGAGGUUCAUGGUGAUGCUGGUGAUUUCUCUUUUUCAAGGCACUAAGAAAAGUCCCUCAAAGCAGGGGUUUAUCAUAAAUAUGUAUUGGUAAAGAGAAGUUUAGGAAUGAUUAUGCUAUAGUUAAGUAUCCUAUAACCUCAUGACCAUGUGGUAUAUCUGAGGUCACGAGGGUCAUCACUGCUGAAUCAACUGGUUUGGGAGGUGAUAAUGAGGGAGUGACAUGAUCUCGACGAUAUGCCAAGCUCUCUCCCUCAUCAUUAACCCAUUGAUUGUACAGUGAUGGUCAUCAUGACCACUGAUUCCAUGUGAUCACGAGGCUUACAAAUACGCUUUCUAUUAUUGUUUACUUGAUCUGAGUUGCAAACAGAAUUAUAUUCCAAGUUUUUGGCAAUAGUUGUUUGAAGAACUGAUAAUUUUGUGAUACCUGUGUGCAGAACUACAGACUGGGUGUCACUUAAAUGAAAAAUGGGACAAAUGAAUGACCAAUUUUCUACUCGUCCUCCAUUUAA